AUGGCGAUGAGUCGUGAAGAUCGGGAAAAGAUUCACCAGGGUAGUUUUGAGUCUUUUAACAGAAUUUUGGAAGAGAUUAAACAAGUGGCAAAAGACCGAAAUGAAGAAAUUGAUUUGCUGACAAAGAGAGUUUUGAUGGAUAUUAUUCAGUUUGAAACCAAAUCAAAGAAAGGAAUAUUGACCAAUAAUGAUGAAGAAAAAGUUGCUUCUACUUCUACUUCUGCUGACGUUCAUGACAUUCAGAAAAGGAAAAAUCAUGGUUUCGGGAGCAGCAAAGAUCAAGUUGGAUAUAUUAAAGAGUUAAUGAAGAAAAGGCAGAGAGAAACGACUGAAAGAGUGUGCAUGCGUUCAUCUUUAUUGAUUCCCUGUUUGCCGCUCGACUUGCCUAUUGAAUUCAAGAACAUGAUUCACUCUCUGUGUGGUUCUCACGUGAAAUUGGUAAUACAGAAGAAAAUUUUCGCUACUGAUUUGAACACUCAUCACGACCGUCUCUCGAUGCCAGAGAAUCAAGUGGUUGAUAAGAGAUUUCUCAGUGAACAACACGACCAAGAAUUGAAGCUUCAUGGAUCACUGGUGGUGAAAGUAAUUGAUCAUAAUUUGAACAUGCAUGAUAAAUUAGGGUUCACCAAGUGGAAGUCCACAAGUAGCUUUUCAUAUGUGUUAAACAGUGGUUGGAAGAAGAUUAUAGAUAGCCAGAAGAAUAAGCUUUAUGUAAAGGAUACAAUUCAGGUGUGGUCUUUUCGAGUUAAGAUCGACAAGAAGAAUCCUAUCUAUCGCGAACGUCUCUGCUUCGCAAUUGUUAAGCUUAAAGGAGAGGGGAAAGAAGAGGAUGAUGGUGGUGCUGAUAGCCAGGAAAUUAUUGAACCGUCGACAACCAGGAAGAGGCAGGAAGCUAUUGAGUCAGAGUUUGGAGUCAUGGAAGAUGUCGGUAAUCUCAAAUUUAGGAUCACAGUUGGCAUCACCCGCAAAGAUUAA